AUCGGAGGACAGGUGGUGUGUAUUCACGUGAUUUGGUGCUUUAGUAUUUGAAAUCCGUGCUCGCACGCGCGAUUCUUCCUCACACGUGCGAUCAAUCUCUCUUAAAUCUUGAAGAAACAGUUUCUUCUACUCUGUCACCGCUAACGACGUGCUCGCUCCACCGAAAACACUUCAAUUUCUCUCUAAACCGUUUCCGAUCACCGGAAAAAUCUUCCGAUGUCGAUAAAAACUGUCAAAGUCAGUAACGUUUCCUUGGGAGCAACUGAGCGGGACAUUCAGGAGUUCUUUUCUUUUUCUGGUGACAUUCAUUAUGUUGAACUAAGGAGUCAUGAUGAACGGUCUCAAAUUGCUUAUGUAACCUUCAAGGAUUCACAGGGAGCUGAGACUGCAGUAUUGCUAUCGGGAGCAACAAUAGUUGACCUGUCGGUUACAAUAACUCUGGAUCCAGAUUACAAACUUCCACCUGGUGUCGUGGUUUCAUCUGGAAAUGAAACUCAAACUCCUGGUGGUGCUGAAUCUGCUCUGCGGAAGGCAGAGGAUGUAGUCUCCAGCAUGGUAGCCAAAGGCUUUAUCUUAGGGAAAGAUGCUGUCAACAAAGCGAAGACUUUUGAUGAGAAGCUCCAGAUAUCAUCGACAGCAUCAGCAACUGUUGCAUCUUUUGACCAAAAACUUGGGCUUAGUGAAAAAAUAGGUGCCGGUGCUUCAGUUGUGAGUGAUAAAGUUCGAGAAGUGGAUCAAAAGUUUCUUGUUUCAGAAAAGACAAAAACAGCAUUUGCAGCUGCAGAACAGACAGUCAGCAGUGCUGGUUCUGCGAUAAUGAAGAAUCGCUAUAUACUUACUGGGGCUACUUGGGUAACGGGUGCUUUUAGUAGGGUUUCUAAGGCAGCUGUGGAAGUAGGUCAGAAAACAAAAGAGAAAGUGGAGAAUGCAGAACAGCAAGAGAAGCGAGAGGUUGAAGAUCAGCAUGCAAAGGUCCAUUCUGAGUCCCCAAAAGCAGCAGCAGCAGCAAGUGACCAGCAGUCUCCCAGGCGUGGUCCUGCUCCUGCUCAGGGUUUGAUCCUUUGAUUUGCUUCUUGCGCAUAUAUAUUUAUCUUCUUUGAAACUCUUGCAAACUGUUUCCAGACCAUGACUGAUUGGAUGUGAAUGUUGAUAGGUUUUACCGAUUACUUAUCCAAUUUGCUAUUUAAUUUUCUUUGUAAGAUAAACUGCAUUUCCUAGGUGUUAAAUUAUAUAUUUCUCAUAUUCUCUUUGGUGGCAA